AUGACAGAUUUAUUUAUAACAGGAAAUAAUAAUAAUAAUAGAGCAGCUCUAAUUAUAGCAAUAGCAUCAUUAGCAAUUAUCAUAGUUAUUUAUAUAAAAAUCAACAACACCUCCACUUCUCCUCCACCCCCAAAAGCAACAUACAAUCAAUUAGAAACAACCAAAACAGUUUUAUUUGAUCUUAUAAUUAUAAUGGCCUUGUCACCAGUUGAACAUAAUCAAAUUUCAUCAUUAAUUCCACAAGCCGAAUUUAGUAGUAAUAAUAUAUUAGAAUUAUAUCAAUACAAAUCAAUCACCCUCAAACCCUACGCAUUCUCCAACGCAAUACAACACCACAACCACAACUCUCAACUCUUUCCAAACAUCAUUAUGAAUACAUUGAUGCCACAAUUUGAUAUCAAGCAUCAAUCUACCACUGCCACCAUGUCAAGUGCAGCCGACACCCUUAUGGGUUGCUCACCCAAUCAUCACAUUGUUUCACCCUCGAAUAUCUACUUUGAUUUCGGUCAACUUCAUCACCAUCACCACCACCAUCAUCAUCAUUACAAUCCAAAGUCAACCAAUUCCUCAGGUGAUCUCGUGGCAUCGUCAACCGACAGCAGUGAGAGUGAGAAAGAGUCAGGCGAACAUCAUAUCUUUAGAAUGUCUGGCGGAUUGACCAUCACCAAUGGCGACGACGAAGAUGAAGAUGAUAUGAGUGAUUCAGAUGAAGAGUCACUAAAACUACAGUCGUCCUCAACCGACGAGGAGCAGAGUGAUCUUGACAUGUCUGAGGAGGAAGAGGACGAUGUGCUCACCAAUGACCAGACCGCUACAGAGUAUGACGACGAUUCAUCUUCGGAAUACGAAGAUGAUGACGAGGAAGACGACGAUGAAUCAUCCAGUGACUAUGAACAAGAAGAUUACAAUCUGAGAAAGAGUUCAUCAUCGUUGGUCGUUAGAAAGUAUCUCUUUAACAAUAAGUAUGAUGAAGAUGAAGACGACGACGAUGAAGAAGAAGAAGACGAUGAAUCAGGUGAUUCCGAUUUCGACAAUGACGAUAACAACAGUGGUUCUUGCUCUAGUGAUCUUUCAUUGUUGGACGAGUUUGAAGAUUUAAUGCCACCAACUUUCUCAUACUCUAUUACCAGUCCUGUCAAAGAGCUCUGUGCCAAUCAUAAUAAUAGCAAUGGCGCACCAUCAAAGAAUAAAUUCUAUGUGGAGACGGACGACGAAAACGACGUGCAAAGCGAGUUAGACGAUGAAGAAGAGGAAAGGAAUAAGCAAGACAUUCACAAUGCGCUACGCUAUUCAAUUAGCAAUGGUCCAACCGCUGUUUCCGUUCCGUGUUGGUUCGACAAUGAAGACGAAGAUCACAUCCAAUCGAUCAUCAAGGAGUAUGGCAACUACCUCCAGCUGGACAAUGAGAUCAAGAGAAUCCGUCGUGCUCCAAAGCCAUUCGUUGGCAGGAUUCACCGUCGCAUCUUACAGUUUGGUGCCAACAAGCAUCACAAUGAGUUUAUGACAAUCGACACUGUCAAGGUGUACCGUUGGGAGAUUCAGCCGAUCGGUCGUCCGUUGAAACCCUGUAAAACCGUGCUCUUGCUCACCACCUGGGACAAAGAGUCGGGCUUCCCCAUUCAAUUCCAACCGAUUGAAUCGCUCUCGAUGAAAGAGUACUGGAUGCAAGCGUCGUGCUCCUCCAACAUUCUUCAAUCCUCAUAUAUCUAUUGUUCACCGAUUUUCGACCGCAUCGAUAACUAUCGUUUUAGCGUUGGCACCGAGAAAUAUCCAAUCGACUAUCUGCCAUCAUCGCCACAGCUCAGCGUCAAGAGAAGUUCCUCGCCAUCCUUAAUUCUCUCUUCUCACAUCUAUUCGCAUAGUUUGAUUCCACAAAAUCAUUUCUUACUUAAGGAUACCUCAAACGAUGAUUCAUAA